AUGUCAGAAAAACGCUCGUUGGACGGCGCUGCGAUAUCCACAAAAUCUCAGAAGCGCAUCCGUAUCGAGAAGGAAAUCUUUUCCAAGUCGUUGCAUGACAUCGAAACUAUGUUCAACUUCAAUCAUGUUGCUGCCAAACCAAACCUGAACAAUACCCUAUCAUCCAUUUCUAUUCCGACGCCUCCGUCUCCCCAACUUGAGCAUGAUUACUCCCAGUAUACUAUUCCAUUAAUUCCCGGUGAAUAUAAUCAUGACCUCAACUACGACUGCAUCAAUUUGGCAUUUCUUCGUAACGACCCCACAUUGGUAUUACCGGUGGCACCAAAAUCUGGCCACCCCAUGACCCGUGCCAUAAACUUGUACGCUAACACAAUCUACGACGACUCUGACGAUGACUUGGCACAAACCAAUCUAGAACACGAUUUGGAACUCAUGGAUAAGGUAUUCAUGCGCACUAUAUGA